GGCUUCGAUGCUCGCAGCCCGGGGAGGCCUGCUUGAACGGAGGAAAGUGUGAAGCGGCCAAUGGCACCGAGGCCUGCAUCUGCAGCGGCGCCUUCGUGGGCCCACGAUGCCAGGACCCCAACCCGUGCCUCAGUAGCCCCUGCAAGAACGCCGGGACGUGCCACGUGGUGGACCGGGGUGGCGUGGUGGACUACGCCUGCAGCUGCCCCCUGGGCUUCUCUGGGCCCCUCUGCCUGACACCCCUGGACCACGCCUGCCUCACCAACCCCUGCCGCAACGGGGGUACCUGUGACCUGCUCACCCUCACAGAGUACAAGUGUCGCUGCCCCCCAGGCUGGUCAGGGAAGUCAUGCCAGCAGGCUGACCCUUGUGCCUCCAACCCCUGCGCCAACGGCGGCCACUGCCUGCCCUUUGAGGCCUCGUACAUCUGCCACUGCCCGGCCAGCUUCCACGGCCCCACCUGCCGGCAGGAUGUAAACGAGUGUGGCCAGAACCCUGGGCUCUGCCGCCAUGGUGGCACCUGCCACAACGAGGUGGGCUCCUACCGCUGCACCUGCCGUGCCACCCACACCGGCCCCCACUGCGAGCUGCCCUACGUGCCCUGCAGCCCCUCACCCUGCCAAAAUGGGGGAACCUGCCGCCCCACGGGGGACAUCACCCACGAGUGUGCCUGCCUGCCGGGCUUCACCGGCCAGAACUGUGAGGAAAACAUCGACGACUGUCCGGGUAACAACUGUAAGAACGGGGGCGCCUGUGUGGACGGCGUGAACACCUACAACUGCCGUUGCCCGCCCGAGUGGACAGGUCAGUACUGCACGGAGGACGUGGACGAGUGCCAGCUCAUGCCCAAUGCCUGCCAGAAUGGCGGGACCUGCCACAACACCCACGGCGGCUACAACUGUGUGUGCGUAAAUGGCUGGACUGGCGAGGACUGCAGUGAGAACAUCGAUGACUGCGCCAGUGCCGCCUGCUUUCAUGGCGCCACCUGCCACGACCGCGUGGCCUCCUUCUACUGCGAGUGUCCCCACGGCCGCACAGGUCUCCUUUGCCACCUCAACGAUGCUUGCAUCAGCAACCCCUGCAACGAGGGCUCCAACUGCGACACCAACCCUGUCAACGGGAAGGCCAUCUGUACCUGCCCCUCGGGGUACACAGGCCCAGCCUGCAGCCAGGACGUGGACGAGUGCUCAUUGGGCGCCAACCCCUGUGAGCAUGCUGGCAAGUGCAUCAACACGCUGGGCUCCUUUGAGUGCCAGUGUCUGCAAGGUUACACGGGCCCCCGCUGUGAGAUCGACGUCAACGAGUGCAUCUCGAACCCAUGCCAGAAUGACGCCACCUGCCUGGACCAGAUCGGGGAGUUCCAGUGCAUCUGCAUGCCUGGCUACGAGGGCGUGCACUGCGAGGUCAACACGGACGAGUGUGCCAGCAGCCCCUGCCUGCACAAUGGCCGCUGCUUGGACAAGAUCAACGAGUUCCAGUGCGAGUGUCCCACGGGCUUCACUGGACACCUGUGCCAGUACGAUGUGGAUGAGUGUGCCAGCACCCCCUGCAGGAACGGCGCCAAGUGUCUGGAUGGACCCAACACCUACACCUGCGUGUGCACAGAAGGCUAUACGGGGACCCACUGCGAGGUUGACAUCGACGAAUGCGACCCUGACCCCUGUCACUACGGCUCCUGCCAGGAUGGUGUCGCCACCUUCACCUGCCUCUGCCGCCCGGGCUACACGGGCCACCACUGUGAGACCAACAUCAAUGAGUGUCACAGCCAGCCUUGCCGCCAUGGGGGCUCUUGCCAGGACCGUGACAACGCCUACCUCUGCUUCUGCCUUAAGGGCACCACAGGACCCAACUGCGAGAUCAACCUGGAUGACUGUGUCAGCAACCCCUGCGACUCGGGCACCUGCUUGGACAAGGUUGACGGCUACGAGUGUGCCUGUGAGCCGGGCUACACAGGGAGCAUGUGUAACAUCAACAUCGACGAGUGUGCUGACAACCCCUGCCACAAUGGGGGCACCUGUGAGGAUGGCAUCAAUGGCUUCACCUGCCGCUGCCCCGAGGGCUACCACGACCCCACGUGCCUGUCCGAGGUCAACGAGUGCAAUAGCAACCCCUGCAUCCACGGGGCCUGCCGUGACAGCCUCAAUGGGUACAAGUGCGACUGUGACCCCGGGUGGAGUGGGACAAACUGUGACAUCAACAACAACGAAUGUGAGUCGAACCCAUGCGUCAACGGCGGCACCUGUAAGGACAUGACCAGCGGCUACGUGUGCACAUGCCGGGAGGGCUUCAGUGGCCCCAACUGCCAAACCAACAUCAACGAAUGUGCAUCCAACCCAUGUCUGAACCAGGGCACGUGCAUUGAUGAUGUGGCUGGGUACAAGUGCAACUGCCUGCUGCCCUACACAGGAGCCACAUGUGAGGCGGUGCUGGCCCCGUGUGCCCCCAGCCCCUGCAGAAACGGUGGGGAGUGCAGGGAGUCGGAGGACUACGAGAGCUUUUCCUGUGUCUGCCCCACUGGCUGGCAGGGGCAGACCUGCGAGAUUGAUAUCAAUGAGUGCGUAAAGAGCCCAUGCCGCCACGGCGCAUCCUGCCAAAACAGCAAUGGUGGCUAUCGCUGCCUCUGCCAGGCAGGCUACACCGGGCGCAACUGUGAGACUGACGUGGAUGACUGCCGGCCAAACCCGUGUCACAAUGGGGGCUCCUGCACGGAUGGCGUCAACACAGCCUUCUGCGACUGCCUGCCCGGCUUCCAGGGCACCUUCUGUGAGGAGGACAUCAACGAAUGCGCCAGCAACCCCUGCCGCAACGGCGCAAACUGCACCGACUGCGUGGACAGCUACACGUGCACCUGCCCCACGGGCUUCAGUGGCAUCCACUGUGAGGACAACACGCCCGACUGCACAGAGAGCUCCUGCUUCAACGGCGGUACCUGCGUGGAUGGCAUCAACUCCUUCACCUGCCUGUGCCCACCGGGCUUCACGGGCAGCUACUGCCAGCAUGACAUCAAUGAGUGCGACUCACGGCCCUGCUUGCAUGGCGGGACCUGCCAGGACAGCUGCGGUACCUACAAGUGCACCUGCCCCCAGGGCUAUACCGGCCUCAACUGCCAGAACCUUGUGCGCUGGUGCGACUCAUCCCCCUGCAAGAACGGUGGCAAGUGUUGGCAGACCCACACGCAGUACCGCUGCGAGUGCCCCAGCGGCUGGACCGGCCUGUACUGCGACGUGCCCAGCGUGUCCUGUGAGGUGGCAGCCAAGCAGCAAGGCGUCGACGUCGCCCACCUGUGCCAGCACGGAGGGUUCUGUUUGGACGCAGGCAACACACACCACUGCCGCUGCCAGGCAGGCUACACGGGCAGCUACUGCGAGGACCUGGUGGACGAGUGCUCACCCAGCCCCUGCCAGAACGGGGCCACCUGCACGGACUACCUGGGUGGCUACUCCUGCAAGUGCGUGGCCGGCUACCACGGGGUGAACUGCUCCGAGGAGGUCAACGAGUGCCUGUCCCACCCCUGCCAGAACGGGGGCACCUGCAUCGACCUCAUCAACACCUACAAGUGCUCCUGCCCCCGGGGCACCCAGGGUGUGCACUGUGAAAUUGAUGUGGACGACUGCAGCCACCCUGUGGACCGCACCUCCCGCAGCCCUAAGUGCUUCAACAACGGCACCUGUGUGGACCAGGUCGGGGGCUACAGCUGCGCCUGCCCGCCAGGCUUUGUGGGCGAGCGCUGUGAGGGCGACGUCAAUGAGUGUCUGUCCAACCCCUGCGAUGCCCGCGGCACCCAGAACUGUGUGCAGCGUGUCAACGACUUCCACUGCGAGUGUCGUGCAGGCCACACAGGGCGCCGCUGCGAGUCGGUCAUCAAUGGCUGCAAGAGCAGGCCCUGCAGGAACGGAGGCACCUGCGCAGUGGCCUCCAACACGGCCCGAGGUUUCAUCUGCAGGUGUCCGGCGGGCUUUGAGGGCGCCACGUGUGAGAACGACGCACGCACGUGCGGUGGCCUCCGCUGCCUCAAUGGUGGCACAUGCCUCUCCGGCCCACGGACGCCCACCUGCCUGUGCCUGGGUGCCUUCACAGGCCCCGAGUGCCAGUUCCCGGCCAGCAGCCCCUGCCUGGGCGCCAACCCCUGCUACAACCAGGGCAGCUGCGAGCCCACGACCGAGAGUCCCUUCUACCGCUGCCUGUGCCCCGCCAAGUUCAACGGGCUGCUGUGCCACAUCUUGGACUAUGGCUUCACGGGCGGUGCCGGGCGGGACAUCUCCCCGCCGCAGAUCGAGGAGGCCUGCGAAGUGCCCGAGUGCCAGGGGGAUGCGGGCAACAAGGUCUGCAACCCGCAGUGCAACAACCAUGCGUGUGGCUGGGAUGGUGGUGACUGCUCACUCAACUUCAACGACCCCUGGAAGAACUGCUCACAGUCUCUGCAGUGCUGGAAAUACUUCAGCGAUGGCCGCUGCGACACCCAGUGCAACGUGGCCGGCUGCCUCUUCGAUGGCUUUGACUGCCAGCGCGCCGAGGCCCAGUGCAACCCCCUGUACGACCAGUACUGCAAGGACCACUUCAGCGAUGGGCACUGCGACCAGGGCUGCAACAGCGCCGAGUGCGAGUGGGAUGGGCUGGACUGCGCGGAUCACGUGCCCGAGCGACUGGCGGCGGGCACGCUGGUGGUGGUGGUGCUCACGCCGCCCGAGCAGCUGCGCAACAACUCCUUCCACUUCCUGCGUGAGCUCAGCCGUGUGUUGCACACCAAUGUGGUCUUCAAGCGCGACGCCCACGGCCGCCAGAUGAUAUUCCCCUACUACGGCCGGGAGGAGGAGCUGCGUAAGCACCCCAUCAAGCGUGCCGCUGAGGGCUGGGCUGCGCCCGGCUCCCUGCUGGACCAGGUGAAGGCCUCGCUGCUCCCGAGUGGAGGCAGCGGGCGCCGGCGCAGGGAGCUGGACCCCAUGGACAUCCGCGGGUCCAUCGUCUACCUGGAGAUCGACAACCGGCAGUGCAUCCAGGCGUCCUCCCAGUGCUUUCAAAGCGCCACCGAUGUGGCCGCAUUCCUGGGGGCGCUGGCCUCACUGGGCAGUCUCAACAUCCCCUAUAAGAUCGAGGCUGUGCAGAGUGAGACCGUGGAGCCUCCCCCACCCGCACAGCUGCACUUCAUGUACGUGGCCGUGGCCGCCUUUGUGCUGCUGUUCUUCGUGGGCUGCGGGGUUCUGCUGUCCCGCAAGCGCCGCCGGCAGCAUGGCCAGCUGUGGUUCCCCGAGGGCUUCAAGGUGUCCGAGGCCAGCAAGAAGAAGCGGCGGGAGCCCCUCGGCGAGGACUCCGUGGGCCUCAAGCCCCUGAAGAACGCCUCGGACGGCGCCCUCAUGGAUGACAACCAGAACGAGUGGGGGGACGAGGACCUAGAGACCAAGAAGUUCCGGUUCGAGGAGCCGGUGGUUCUUCCUGACCCAGACGACCAGACGGACCACCGGCAGUGGACGCAGCAGCACCUGGACGCUGCUGACUUGCGUGUGUCGGCCAUGGCGCCCACGCCGCCCCAGGGCGAGGUGGACGCCGACUGCAUGGACGUCAACGUACGCGGGCCCGAUGGCUUCACCCCACUCAUGAUCGCCUCAUGCAGUGGGGGUGGCCUGGAGACUGGGAACAGUGAGGAGGAGGAAGACGCACCAGCUGUGAUCUCAGACUUCAUCUACCAGGGCGCCAGCCUGCACAACCAGACAGACCGCACUGGGGAGACCGCCUUGCACCUGGCUGCCCGCUAUUCCCGCUCCGACGCCGCCAAGCGCCUGCUGGAGGCCAGCGCAGACGCCAACAUCCAGGACAACAUGGGCCGUACCCCGCUGCAUGCGGCUGUGUCUGCUGAUGCCCAAGGUGUCUUCCAGAUCCUGAUCCGGAACCGAGCCACGGACCUUGAUGCCCGCAUGCAUGAUGGCACCACGCCACUGAUCCUGGCUGCCCGCCUGGCAGUGGAGGGCAUGCUGGAGGACCUGAUCAACUCGCAUGCCGACGUCAAUGCUGUGGAUGACCUGGGCAAGUCAGCCCUGCAUUGGGCGGCCGCUGUGAACAAUGUGGAUGCCGCGGUCGUGCUCCUCAAGAACGGGGCCAACAAGGACAUGCAGAACAACAAGGAGGAGACACCCCUGUUCCUGGCCGCCCGUGAGGGCAGCUACGAGACCGCCAAGGUGCUGCUGGACCACUUCGCCAACCGGGACAUCACAGACCACAUGGACCGGCUGCCACGUGACAUCGCUCAGGAGCGCAUGCACCAUGAUAUCGUCCGCCUGCUGGAUGAGUACAACCUGGUGCGCAGCCCCCAGCUCCACGGCGCUCCCCUGGGGGCCACGCCCACCCUAUCACCCCCACUCUGCUCGCCCAAUGGCUACCUGGGCAACCUGAAGCCCAGCACGCAGGGUAAGAAGGCACGUAAGCCCAGCACCAAGGGCCUGGCCUGCGGAGGCAGGGAGGCCAAGGACCUCAAGGCACGGAGGAAGAAGUCACAGGACGGCAAGGGCUGCUUGCUGGACAGCUCCAGCCUGCUGUCACCCGUGGACUCCUUGGAGUCUCCCCACGGCUACCUGUCGGACGUGGCCUCGCCGCCCCUGCUGCCCUCCCCAUUCCAGCAGUCUCCGUCUGUGCCUCUCGGUCACCUACCUGGCAUGCCUGACACCCACCUGGGCAUCAGCCACCUGAAUGUGGCUGCCAAGCCCGAGAUGGCCGCGCUGGGUGGUGGCGGCCGGCUGGCCUUUGAGGCUGGCCCUCCGCGCCUGUCCCACCUGCCCGUGGCCUCUGGCGCUGGCACGGUCCUGGGCUCUGCUGGUGGCAGCAGUGGUGGAGGGGCCGUGAAUUUCACCGUGGGUGGGCCCGCCGGCUUGAACGGCCCGUGCGAGUGGCUGUCGCGGCUGCAGAACGGCAUGGCGCCUGGCCAGUACAACCCUCUGCGAGGCAGCGUGGCACCCGGCACCCUGAGCACGCCAGCCCCAGCCCUACAGCACGGCAUGUUGGGCCCACUGCACGGUGGGCUCGCCACCAGCACCCUGUCCCAGAUGAUGAGCUACCAAGGCCUGCCCACCACGCGGCUGGCCGCCCAGCCCCACCUGGUGCAGACCACGCAGGUGCAACAGCAGCAGCAAAACUUGCAGGUGCCUCCACAGAGCCUGCAGCCGCCGCCGCAGCCCCACCUUGGCGUGAGCUCGGCGGCCGGGGGCCCCCUGGGCCGGAGCUACCUGGGUGGGGAGCCCAGCCAGGCGGAUGCGCAGCCGCUGGGCCUCGGCAGCCUGCCGGCCCACACUGUCCUACCCCAGGAGAGCCCGGCCCUGCCCACCUCGCUGCCAUCUUCCCUGGUCCCACCCAUGACGGCCGCGCAGUUCCUGACACCCCCUUCCCAGCACAGCUACUCUUCCUCACCCGUGGACAACACCCCCAGCCACCAGCUACAGGUGCCUGAGCACCCCUUCCUCACCCCGUCCCCCGAAUCCCCUGACCAGUGGUCCAGCUCGUCGCCCCGCUCCAACGUGUCCGACUGGUCUGAGGGCGUGUCCAGCCCCCCCACCAGCAUGCCGUCUCAGAUCGCCCACAUUCCUGAGGCCUUCAAGUAAACAGCCGCGCCCCGGGGACCCCGGCUUCCUUUCCCAAGCCCUGCUGGGCGUCUGUGUGCUCCGCGGAGGCUGGGGCCGGCCAAGGGAGCCUUUUAUAAAAAACAUGUUUUUAUACAAAAGAAGAGGACACAAAUUUUAAUUUUUUUUUUAGUAUUUAUUUAUGUACUUUUAUUUUACACGGAAACAUUCUUUUUAUUUAUACGGACUGUUUUCUAUGGCUCCAGGUAGAGACUUUUAUCUGUCCUAGGAAAACAAAUUAGUUCUGAGUUGUGAUUUUCCUCCUUAGUUUAAAGAUUCUUAUGUGUUUGUAAAAUAUAAACAAAGAUUCAUGAUUUAUAAAUGCCAUUUAUUUAUUGAUUCCUUUUUUCUUUUUUCAAAAUCCAAAAGAAGUGAUGUUGGAA